GUAACGUUUGCGGCCCGGAUUCAAUUUGAAGAGAUGCUCUUUGUGCACAUCAACUUGGAAACUGGCAAGGCGACAAAGUUGGACUCGCCUUGGACAAACACGAGCAUUCAUAUGGGCUGCCUAGUACGGUUUUCAGAGAACUCAAGGCUCGCUAUUGCCAGCGGUCACUGCACACCACCUGGUGUGUACCAUUUCGAUAUCUUGCCGGAUCCAACAGUCCUGUGGCCACUGUUCAAAUUCAAAUAUGAGGGAGCAAAGUGAACGCUCCCCCUUAUUGAUUAUCUCACCCUACGGCGGGCCAACGGCUUACAACCCACCGGGGCUCAUGGUGAGGACGCAGUAUUUCACAAGCCGAGGGUAUGCGUUUUGCAUCUCCAACUAUACCGACUCAUCUGCGCAUAGAAAGGCGUACCACGAGGCACUGCGUGGAGAGUUCGGUAUAGUCGACCGUGACGAUGUUAGUGAAAAGGUUCAAUAUUUUGCGAAUUUCGGACGAAUUGAUUGUUUUCGCGUCGGUAUCGCAACCGCCAGCUCCGGCGGCUACUGUGGUUUUACGAUGCUUGACCCGACGUCCGGACGUGUUUGCUGGAAAAAUCAGUAUGUGUGGCGUCAGCGACAUUGCUCAGAGCGAGGAUAUCAGACAGGAAACCAUAAGAAACAGUAAUGUCAAGAUGGUCAUCCUCAACGGCAAAGGACGCAUGUUCAAGCACGGUGACAAUGUGAAGAAAGCACUUCUGGAGGGCGAGGAAUGGUGAG